GAAUCCCCUCUUCAUAGUAUUUUGCCCUCUCCUUCUUUCCUUCCGUACUCUUCUCCGUCUUCGUUCCGUUUUCUUCAUUCUGCUUCUUUCUGUGGGUGACUAUCCUCCGUCUCUGAUUAUCCUCUCUACCUGUUUGAGCUUAUAGAUUUGUAGAUCAGACGAAUUGCUUUGCGUGUAAUAAUGAGCCUGCAACAAGUUGUUCCACCUAGAACUUCUGCUAAUGGUCUUGGUCGUCGAAAAGUUGGAGAAGCUGGGAACAGGAUGGAGCAUAAACCAAAGUCAAAUCCUAAUAGGUCGACAAAUGCAAUUAGUGCAGAUUUACAUGCUGGCAAUAGAAGCACAGGAGCUGAAAGUCCUAUACACGAGCGUCUUCUUUUCAUAACAGCAUGUCUUAUUGGACAUAAUGUGGAAGUCCAAGUGAAAGAUGGUUCCAUCUUUUCUGGGAUAUUUCAUGCAACAAAUGCUGAACCAGACUUUGGCAUUAUCUUGAAGAUGGCCCGCUCCAUAAGAACUGGUCCUCACGGAAUAAAGUCAAUGCUGGAUUCCAUUAGUAAAGCUCCUUCAAAGCAAUUGAUAAUUUCUGCUAAAGAACUUGUACAAAUCACUGCAAAGGAUGUGCCUGUGACCAAUGACGGUAUUACUGAUGAUCUUCAACAAGUAAAGCAUCAUGACCUCAUGAUAGAUUCGUCAAUAUCACGAUCACGUCAAGUUGAAGUAGAGAGGGAGUUGGAACGGUGGGUCCCCGAUGAAAAUGCUCCACAUUGCGUUGAUUUGGAAAAUACAUUUGAUGCUCCUUGGAAUAGGGGCUGGGAUCAAUUUGAAGCAAAUAAAACUUUGUUUGGGGUAAAAAGCACUUAUGAUGAGGACCUUUAUACAACCAAGCUUGAGAAAGGUCCAUUGAUGAAAGAUUUGGAGCGGGAAGCUUCAAGAAUAGCAAGAGAAAUAGAGGGUGAGGACACCCAGGAUCUACAUCUGGCUGAGGAGCGAGGAAAAUUCCUUUAUGAAAAGUUUGGAAUUGAUGAGGAGACUAGAUACUCGUCUGUAUACAGAGGUGUUGAUGAUAGCGGGUAUGCAGAGGAGGAAGAUUUUAACAGUUCUUCUUUUGACUUCACCCGGGCAAAGAAUGAUGGAGAAGCUAAAAUAUUAUCACAAUCUUCAUUUACGAAAGAAGCACAUACUCCAUCGUCAAGUUCUUUUAGAGAUGCAUAUCAAUUCGGUUCAAGUGAACCUACCGGAUCUAUGUCAUUUGAGUCCCUCAAAAGGUGUUCUGCCUCAGACGAUGAUAACAGGGCGGGAGAGAAUCAGCGAAGUGACCGGCUUGAAGAAAUUACUAAAGUUAAAGAUUUUGACAACAAAUCAAUGCCAAUUGAAGGACACGUUUCCAAAAAGGAGGGUUUGCUGUCAUCUCCAACGGAAAAGAAGGACGGGAUAGAGAAAGCGGGAUUAUCUGCAAGUGCCACUGCAUAUGCCCCUACAUCUCAUGGACCAUCUAAGAGUCUAGAAAAUGCUCACUCUAGUGAACUGGCAGAGGAUGCAUCUGUGAAAAGCCUAGUGACUCAUCCUGCUAGUUCAACAUCACCUGCACCUCAAUCUGGUGGUGGUGCCUCAGCUUCUUCUGUAGGUGCAGGUUUAUCGCCAAGCUCAUCAACGGGUACAUUGUCGUCAGAAAAAUCAACCUUGAACCCUCAUGCCAAGGAAUUUAAGUUCAACCCCAAUGCGAGGAGCUUCAUUCCUUCUCAAGCACCCAUAAGACCGGCUUCUCCUGUGCCUGAGGGUCCGUUUUAUUUCCCAAAUAAUGUAGCUGGUGUUGGGCACAUGCCUGCUAUGCCGGUUGGCAUUGGAAUUGGACAUUCAUUUGCGCACCAACCUGUGGUUUUUAAUCCGCCGGUUGCACCUAUGCAGUCACCACAGGGAUAUUAUCACCCAAGUGGGCCCCAAUAUGGGCAGCAGAUGGUUGUUGGUCCACGGCCAUUUGUAUACAUGCCAGCAGCUUAUACUCCUGAAAUGCCUUAUAAAGGAAGAGACUAUUGACCAAAUGGCAUCACUUCCAGUCUGAUGGAAUAAAAGCUUUCAAGGCCCCUGAAUCUUCAAAGCUAUAUAUAUGUGCUAGGGCCAAUAUUCGUUACAUCUGGAGGAUAAUUUCAUUUAAUACUCGAGAUUUUCUUUAUUUGUAACGGGAUGCUGACGUGUUUACUGAUGUGUUUACUCUCUAUUGAACUUGUUGCCUUCUUGGUUAGUGUUUUUUUUGGUGUGCUUUUUUUAGGUUGAUGUUAUUUGGGAACUUUCAUAUAUUUCAAUUGUCUCAUGAAACAAAUUAAAAAAUGGGUGCUGAGUUUUUGGUUAACAUUGAGUUGUAUGAUCACAUUAUUCAUUAUAUAAUUUAGGUAUUUGUUUUGUAGUAGAUA